AUAAUUGUAACCUGUGAAAUGUGCAACAUAUUUUGAAAUAAUUAUACGAGAGCAGAGUGGGAACAGCGAGGACAGGACCUGGGAGAUAGAGAAAGUAGAGGGAGAGAGAGAUCGUAGGAAGAGAUAUUUACCAUGUUUUGCAGCAGGCCGCGGCCGGAGGGAACGAAACCAUUCAGAGCCUCUCUUCUCUUCCCCAACUCUAUUUUUUAGACGCCGCCUCUCCAUUUAUCUUAAUUCUGAAUUUUGUUAUUAAUCCUUAUAUUUAUGAAAACCAUCAUUCCUCCUUGCCAUCUGGUGUCAUUGAAGUUUUUUUUGAGCACCUACUUUUUUUUUUUAAAAUUAAAAAUUAGAUAAAAUAUAUUUUUCUUUAAAUAUUUUGGUAGCUUAUUGUCUUUUAGAAAUUCUGUAAACAUUUUAUUAAAUAAUUUUUGCUAAUUAAAAGCAUUUAUUAUAAUGGGCAGGUUUUUUUUAUCCCAUUUUAUUCCCUUAUUUGAAAACCAUUUAUCUUCAGAGAUGGUACAACGCAUGCUUUGUAACCAUCUACUAGAAAGAUUCUUCAAUCCCACGUGACCGGCUGAUUCGGCAAAAUUUAAAUUAAUUCAAAAUACUAAAAUGAAAAAUCUAUUUAUAAAUUAUAAAAAGGGGAGGAAUUAUUAUAAAUAUAAAAGUAUUUUUUUAAUUACGUGGAUUAAAAAGAUUUUUUUGGGUAGUAGCUUUUUAAUUUCGCAAGGGAGUGGCGAUCUCUCCUAUUAAAGCCUUGUUUUUCUUCUCAACUGUCUCGCCGUGUUCAACUCGCGUUCAGCAGACAAAACGAGGGAGAAGAGAAAGCACGAUUUUAAUAAUAACCUGAUAUUCUUUUUUUUUCAUCUGCUUUGCUUUUCCCCCUACGAUCUUAGGUUUGUUGAUCUCGACAAUUAGGUUUUCAAUCAGAUCUUCUGUAGUUCGUCGUUUUGCGGAUUCUGCGAUUAUCGGAAGGUUGAGCGUUUUGAUUCUGGAGAUUUGUGGAAGGUGCGAUUUGGUUGGGGCAUUAGUUUUUUUCUUUUAAAGGGAAAAACUCGUCAAGUUCUGAGGUUGAGAGGAUAUUUUGAUGAGUUUGUGAUGAAUGAUGGCACACUUAAGAGUUGUUUUGUGAUGUAAUAUGGCACUGGUUUGCCACAUAAGGAGAAUAAAACGAAGAUGACGCUUUACAUUGGUCGCGAGGCCUCCAAGCUAUGGAAGAGAGUUUGUGCAGAGACAACGACAGAGCUCAACCUCCUCUUAGAGAAUUGGAAGUAUCUACUCGCUGGUCUAAUUUUUCAGUACAUUCAUGGACUGGCUGCUCGAGGAGUUCACUAUUUACAUCGGCCAGGACCAACACUUCAGGAUGUUGGCUUUUUUCUUCUUCCAGAACUUGGCCCAGAUAAAGCUUACAUCAGUGAGACUGUAUUCACCUUUGUCUUUCUCUCUUUUGUCUUGUGGACUUUCCAUCCCUUCAUUUUCAAGGCCAAAAAGAUCUACACAGUUCUAUUGUGGUGCAGGGUUCUUGCAUUUUUAGUUGCUUCUCAAAGUCUCCGGAUAAUCACAUUCUAUUCUACGCAGCUCCCUGGUCCAAACUACCAUUGUCGUGAGGGUUCAAAACUUGCUAGGCUGCCUCGUCCAGAUAGUGCAUUUGAAGUUCUCUUAAUUAAUUUUCCUCGGGGUGUAAUAUAUGGUUGUGGGGAUUUGAUAUUCUCAUCUCACAUGAUCUUCACUCUAGUCUUUGUGCUCACAUAUCAGAAAUAUGGCACCCGAAGGUGCAUAAAGCAGUUUGCAUGGUUGAUUGCUGUGGCACAAAGCUUCUUAAUUGUAGCAUCCCGCAAACAUUACACGGUUGACGUUGUUGUUGCAUGGUAUACUGUUAAUUUAGUGGUAUUCUUUAUUGAUAAGAAAUUGCCAGAACUGCCUGAUCGCUCCAAUGGAAGUGCAUCUCUAUUGCUACCACUGAGCACCAAAGAUAAGGAUAGCAAGACCAAAGAAGAGAAUCACAAGCUAUUGAAUGGGAAUUCGGGAGACCCUGCAGAUUGGAGACAGAGAACUCAAGUAAAUGGAAAAACUUUGGAAGACGGCAAUACAGUCCACGCUGAGACAACAACAAAUGGUGCAUAGAUAAUGGAAGCUGCAAUUGUUGGAACAACGGAAGCUGCUGCAGAGAUUGAUGUUUAAAUCUUUGGGACCUUGGCUUUAAAGGUUCAGUUGCUUGUGUGGUGGGCUUGUAUUUGACGAGACUGGCAAACAUGUCUUGUAUUCUAGUGGAAAUGGAAUUUGAGUUGUAUGCUUUUUAAACAUUGUGGACCUGCUCCUCCUUGUCCCCAUUAAAUUCCAUCCACCACAGCCACCAACUUCAGAAUGUACCAUGGAAUUUUCAGCCUUUCUAUUACUUUUAUCAUUUUUCCACCA